ACGUCACAGUGGGCCGGUUGAGCCUUCCUUCGUUCGAUUCAGGCAGGCUCCUCUAUUCGUUUUACAUGUAGCAAGCAGGGUUGCGGGGUGCAGUUCAGACAUGGGAAGUGAGCAUUACUGCCUGAGGUGGAACAAUCAUCAGAGCAACUUGCUGGGUGUGUUUAGUCAACUGCUGGAGUCGGAGUCGCUAGUGGACGUGACACUGGCGUGCACGGAGGGACCGUCGAUACGCGCUCACAAGGUAGUCCUCUCCGCGUGCUCCAGCUACUUCCAGGCCCUGUUCCUCGACCAUCCGAACCGCCACCCCAUUGUCAUCCUAAAGGACGUACGUUUCGCCGAGCUACGUACCCUCGUCGACUUCAUGUACAAGGGCGAGGUAAACGUCGAGUACUGCCAGCUAUCGGCCCUGCUCAAGACAGCGGAGAGCCUCAAGGUUAAGGGUCUAGCGGACAUGACGAACAUCAACGCGGCGGUAUCGUCCAGGGACGAGCAGCAGCAGCAGCAACAACAACAACAACAGCAGCAGCAACAACAACAACAGCAACACACAAGCGCCUCCGACUCGUCGCGGGAACAUCAUCGGGAACGGGAGCGAGAGAACAUAAAGGAGACGAGCGGCAAGGACAGGGAGCGAGAGCCGAGCGUCGCCGGGGUGGCCGUGGCCGGCGGCGCUAAGGAAUGCGAGCAACAGCAACCGAGCGUUGCUCAGAACGCCCCGAGCGAGCCUACGGAGGCGGUAGACAUGACGGAGUGUCCGCCGUCACCCACGGCACCCGGUAGCCCGUGUCCGGGGCCGCUCGCCCUCGACCGGCCCAGGAGGGACUCCGAGGACGUGGCCAGCCUCGAGGAGACCCGGGGCUCCUUGAGCCCGAUCUCGGUGCACAGCGGACCAUCCGACAUGAGCCUCAGCAACAACACCGGCGGCGGCGCGCCCGGCGUGCUGCCGUUGAACCUGCCGCAGAGCCGGCUUCCGUCCCCGCACAGUACCGAGCCCCUCGCCGGCCCGUCGGGCUUACCCCCGGUCCAGCAGGUCCCGCUAUCCCUGAAAAAAGAGAUGGACUGGGAAAGGUCGACCGAGGAGCGGAGUGCGAGCAGCGAGAUAUCCACAGAUUACAGACUCCCGCCAGAUCCGGAGUUGAUGGGUGUGGAUGAGCGGGUGUUUGCGUGCAUGUACUGCGGUGCCUCGUUCCUCCACCAGAGCAAGCUGACGCGGCACAUCCUCUCGCACAGCCUCGAGUCGCUCAAGUACCGCGAGCAGGCAGCCCACCUGCAGCUGCAGGCUCAGCUGGGCCUCGAGCCCGGCAUGCACCUGCCGCCGGAGGCCCACUAUCCCGCCGCGGGUACGAUCGAGCCGAUGGACUUCGAGCUCGCGGCCCACUCGGACCCGACCUCCGGCGUCGUCCUCUGCAAGUUCUGCGGCAAGUCCUUCCCGGACGUCGGCUCGCUGAUCGCCCACCUACCGGCGCACACCGGCGAUCGGCCGUUCAAGUGCGAGUUCUGCGGCAAGGCGUUCAAACUGCGCCACCACAUGAAGGACCACUGUCGCGUGCACACCGGCGAGCGGCCGUUCCGGUGUACGUUGUGCGGCAAGACCUUUUCGAGGUCGACGAUACUCAAGGCCCACGAAAAGACACAUUACCCCAAGUAUGUGCGCAAGUUCCUGUCCCCGAGCCCCGUGGACCCCUCCGAGGAAGAGGCUCCGCCGCCGCCACCACCGCAUCAUUGAGUUCGCCUUAGCCUCAGCAGAGAUCGCCUCACCAGCGCCGACGACGACGAUCGCCGUCGCGAAGGACAGCCCGGUGGGCUCCUGCGCGUCCGCGUCGUCGUCGUCGAUCGGCGACGGCGGUAUCGUUCACGGUGCCGCCGUCACCAUCGCGACGCGUCCCUACGACGUUUUUCUGCAUCCGCACCCCCGUCUCCUCUCGUCCACCUGCUGCUGAUCGCGCGCGUAGCGACGCGCCGCGACACGGACCGUGACGCGCGACUCUCCCCGCGUUAACCGGUCCGAGCGACGGGGCAAGAUAAGCUGGCGGUAUUUCUAGUUAGUCCUGUGAUUUUGGUUAGGAUGGUUGGUAAAUGCGUGUUCAGGGGGAGGGACACGUUAAAACGAGCUCCCUCGUUUAAUCAGUGCUUUAAGACGAAACGUUUAGCUUAUUAUAUACAUAUAAAUAUAAAUAUAUAUAGAUAUAUAUAUAUAUAUAAAUUAUAUAUACGUAUAUAUAUAUCGAUAAAUUAUUGAAGGUAUAUAUAUACAUAUACACACACACACGAGCGAGACGGGGUUAGCGAAAGGAGGAGCGUGGAAGAGUGGGAGGGUAAAACGGGCAUAGCGAAAAACGGAACGAGAGGUUAAACUGAGGAGGAGGCGAAAGGAAAUUUGAGCCGCCACGGUUGGUGCUUUUAAGAGAUUUUGAUAAAAUGCUGUGAAUAUUAUAUUGAUUACGAUUAACUAUAAAUUAUUGUAAUAAUGUACUGACAUUGUACGAUGUACGAUGCGACUGUUGUUGAUACGAUUGAGAAUAUUUUAUACAGUUGACACGGGGGUGGGAAUAGAACGCGCGCCGACGAUACGACGGAAGCCGAGGGUGGGGAAGGGGGUAGGGAGGAAACGUCCACUUAGCAAAAUUCGACACAGUGCAAUUCGACUCGGUGGACAUGUUUAUGAAUCCGUAAUAGAGAAAGAGCGUAAGGGAGUAAGAGUAAGAGAAAGAGAAAGAAUAUAUGCGCGUGUGUACAUAUAUGCGUGUGAAUAAGUGUGUGUGUGCGUGUGAGAGAGAAUGAGAGAGCGAAAGAGAGAGGAAGGAUUUUGUUACGAGUGCGCUGGCGUUAUUGGCUUCGUCGAGCAAUUUUCGUUCCUGACUUUUAUCCGUGACAACACCUUCGCGCGAGUCGACCGUGGAUGUCCGAUGCGCGUCGUAAGAAGCGCUUCGAGUUCCGGGGAUUCCCUCUGCCUGUCGCGCACCGCUCUUCCUAUGCAAUGCGUGCCCUCCGCGGUUUCCAUUGCGUAGCCUCUCUCGGACUAGUACGCGGACCGGGAGUACGCGACGACGCGGUGGCCAUUCAGACAGUGCAAUACUUGACUACACACACCGCGCUUUACACAACCGUUUACUCUCGUAGUCCGAUUCUUAUUUAACUAGCGUUCUUAUAAGGUAAUUAGAUAGCCUAAUCGCGUUGACCGCUCCCCUCCGGGUGAUACACGUUCUUUCGUUCCACGCGACUUCGUCUCUAAUUUAUUUAGCACCUGGGACGAACGGGCAGAUACUUAUUACAUUUGGACGCGCGUAUCCUCGGAGAGAGAGAGAGAGAGAGAGAGAGAGAGCAUUCGCGCGCGAUGCUCCCGUCAACGACGGGAUAUCGACCGUUCGAAUCGCAAGGCUCAAUGCGACGCAAUGUGCAAAGGUAGGGUUCGACACGGUGCUCCCGUAAGGGAUACCGAAACGUCGUUGAGGAUUCGUCGUCUAUUCGCGCGACUCUUGGACGUUUCAACAAUUGCAGUCGCCUCUCAGGUCGAGACCCCUCUUCUUCCGAUUAUUCGUGAUUUAUGAUGGCACCGCGGAAACUCUUCUCGCAAAGAGAGGGGAGAGAAAAAAGAUCGGUCGAGUUUCCGAGCGCGCGAAUGUCGACGCACGUCACACACACACGGUGGUCUCGCGUUUUCCGCGCUCGGCCGAGUGACGACACGAGAAACAGUAUUCGAGAUACUACGCAUACUUUUGUUUUCCUAUUAGAUAAGGUAAGAUAAUAAUAAUUUAGCACGUACGGCGGCCUGCGAGACGGGUGUUUCUUGCGUUCUCUCGAGGAAGAAAAAGAAAGUCACGCGACCGCCACCACCACCACCGUCGUCGAUGACAUCGUCGUCAUCAUCAUCGUCGUUGUCGUCGUCGGUGGUGGUCCGAUUCCUCGUAGACCAAGGUACAAAGCGUAAUUCUCCCAUUGAUUUUUCGCCGGGCAAUUUAAUUCGGUUACACGCGAGCGCACGAGGACGAAAAACAGGCGCGUCUUCGGGAUCCUCGCGGUAAACACUAUCGUGGCCGGGGCAAUUGCACGCGAUUGCGAGCGACGAGUUCUUUCCCCGACUCUUCCUUUAAGCGAUUCGGCGAGCGCAUUGUAUAUUUAGCAGCCACUUACUUUCCAUCGUUCUCCUCGCGAAAGCCCCCUCACUUCCUCCGCCGCCGCCUCCUCAUCGCUCCCCGCUCUCCCUCGUCGUCGGUUCACCCGCAGCGAGCGAAGUCGCUCGAAAUCGAUCGAUCUCUGAAAUAUUCAACGCAUUCCGUGCGGAGGCUUGCAACGGCACCGAAGGAAUCGCCUCGCGGAAUAGGAAGAUAUCGAUUAAUCGACGGCCCCUCUCGGAUCGCCGCGAGUAUCAACCCCUCCCUGCCGGUUAAUCCCCGAAACGUUCAUCGCUUGCGUCUCACGACGUUGAAGACGCGCGCGUGUUUGAAAAGCGUAUUCGGGAAGAUUGCUGGCUGACGAAAUUCUUGAGACGAAGGACGCGCUGUUUUGGGGAAAAAGUGAAUUUUGUUAAGGCGUUAUUCUUAAAGGAAUCUAACGACCUGGCAUCGGGAAGGUUCACUCUCGAAUUUUCGUCGAGUUCGACGAUAAUGUGCCACCGAAUGAACUCAAUUGCUCGAGGGAAAUUUUGGAGCAAGCGGAAUUCAGCCAAUUUGCUCGCCGUCUAACUUUUUUUCACACGCGAAUCUUUCGCCUCACUACGGAUUAACGAGAGAGUCUACGACAUGUUGAAAGUGACAAAUUUCGUGACGUUACCAAAGCUUGCAUUUCAGUGAUUCUGACGAGCGAAUCUUUCAGCUUCGCGCACAUCGUAUAUUCUAGGUUAUUUGUAAUAUCGUCACAAAGAUCUAUAAAUGUUUCAAAUUGAAUUCGUGCCCCCACAUUUGCCAUGUAUCUUUUUAAUUCGGUCAAUUCAAUCCUAAUUGAACUUAGUUUAACUUAACCCAAUCCGAUCGAGUUCAAUUCAAAGUUGAAUCAAGCGCGGAAAUCGAAAGCAACAUAUCUCAACAAUCAGAGGCGAUUUUCGUUCGAUUCGAAACGUACGUUACACGGAAAACGUCGACCUCUGUAUAACAUAUCUCGAAGCCAAGGUCACGUCCCGUUCGAUGCGUGAGUUUUCACGCGAAAGUGAUCACUCCCAAUGGUGGUUACAGUGUUACCCCAACCGAUUUCCGCUCGUGUCAAAAAUCCCCCUCUCCCUCUACGUAUAUAUCCGUUCGGAGCCAACGGAUCCGGAACGUUUUCAUCGAACUUUGCGAAGAGAGUAACCUUUCCCGAACUGCGGACGAAUUCAUUUUUAGCAGUGUUAAAAUUCCACGCGAUGACAUUCGGAAGGUACAUCCGAGGCGCGACGAAAAAUUGUCGGCUCGUAUUCCCGAUUCGAGUACAUUUCGGCGUGGGUCUCCUCAGGAUUGAGCGUAAUGGCGCGCGUACUGAGUAGCCGAGCACUGAUUUGACUUUGAAACUGUGAUGAUUAUACGAUUAUUGCCGGAAGAGCGAGUGGUCGUUAUCGCGCGCUCGUUCUCUCUCUCGCGCGCUAUCAGCCGCGUUUCUCCCUUGGCGAUGGAAGCAUCUACGUCUCCGUUGGCGAUCGUGAUCCUUGCGAUUUCUGUGAUAUUUCGCGAACUCACACUUUUCAUUAGCGCGCGCUACGCACUUGUCACUCGUCGUCUUUCUACAUUCCAUCGCUAUCUUAGUCUUAAUUGUAGCUAACACACACACACACACACACACACACACACACACAUGUACAUAUAUUGUGUAUAUACAGGAUGUCCUUUAAGUCCAAUAUUUUAAAAGUUAUUUCUCAAAGUCAUUUUAUGAAGAAAAGUUCACGUCAACAUGUGGUCUCAAAAAUCACAUUUCAGAGAUAUAGAAUGUUAAAAAAAUUCUAUAAAAUUAUCGUUUUUUCUUAAUCUCCUUAACGAAAAGAAAUUUCUUUUUUGAACUUAAGCUGAAAAAAGGCUAUUACUUUCAUUUUUUAUCUGUAGUCGCGGUUUUGUAAAAAAUUAAUGGUGUAGAGAAGCGGGGUUUAGGUAUUACAUUAUUGCCCUGAACUUGUGCACGAAUUAAUUAAUUUUUUGUAGAUUUUUUAUAUAUUUCUUUAAAUUACUUAUUAAAAAAAUUGUCUUGUCAAAUUUCAA